GGACUGACUGCCAGUAUUGAGUGAGAAGAGGAUAACAUGGGACGGAGACACUGGGUCAGGACCACCAAAUGCCAGCUGCUAGUGACCAGCCUCUUUGUCAUGCUGCUUGGGCUGGCAGUCACCAUAAUGACCGUUAUCACCCGCUAUGGGGCUCACUUCAGCAUAAUCAGUGGUGUCUCCUAUGAGGCUAACCCCUAUAGAAUCUUCCACAACGUAGCAUUCUACAGCGGGAUAUGUCUGAGCAUGAUACUGGUCCUCGCAGCCUCGCUGAGUACUGCUGCCACAGUGAGAGAAUCAGUGUGCCUCAUGGCAAUGGGAUUCUUCUGUUUUGCCAUUGUUUUCUGUGCACUGAUACAGGCUGCAUUCUGGAGAUACACCAACAACAGUGAGGUAGAAGAUGCCAUGAUGGAUGUGUAUGAUUCUGUGUACGAGGAAGUGAGGAGGAACUUGUCCAGCUUCAGGAGGCAGGAACUAGCUAUCAUUCAUGAAACAUUUCUGUGCUGUGGAAAGCAGUCACCCUUUGGAGAAACAGGAGGCAUUGAAAAUGAGACAUGUCCAUCAGAACAUAUGGGCACAGCCAGAGAGGAUUGCCUCCAAGAGAUCCAAGACUUCCUAAAAAAACAUAUGGACUUCGUCUCUGCGCUACUGAUCAUCACAAUCUGCUUCAUGGAAACAUUAUCACAGAAAAUGUUCAUCUUGGUCAAAAUUUUCCAGUGUUUUGAAGGAAAAACCAAAAUUAUUUUGGUUUAUGGGAUGAUUUUAACUUCAUUCCUCUGGUUCUCCAUCCACUUCAGCAACAAUCUGGACCGGAGAGGCAAAUACAUUUUCAGAGAGACCUAGAAAACAGUCAUCCGGCUUCCCCACCAGAGCAAGGAUUUCCAACCCUUGAAUUGGGAAACCAUCUGAAAGUUCUCCACAGAGUUCCCUGAGAAGCUGUGGCUAGGUGACUGGAGCUGGGCUUUGGUACCUUUAUGUUUCUCUUUACCGCAUUACCUCGUCCUCUGCAUUGUCAGCUGACUAGUGGGAAUGAUCAUCGGGCAGCACAGGAGAGAAAGAUGUGACAUUUUCUGUAAAGACAGAUGGACUGUGACAGGCAGCCAACUGGGGAAUCAGGGCCAUGUAGAGACACGGAUGGGCAGCUUUAGCAUUGGUGUGAGAUGUGGAUGGUAGCAAGGAACCAGGCAGCCACUCACCCAGAAAAUCUCCAACCCACCUAGCUAAAAACCAAACCCUGAUCCAAUCACUUCUGUCAGUGCCUGAAAACAGACCACUUAAAACUCCGUCAGUGUGCCAAAACAUACAAAAACUAGAAUACCAGCAAGAAGAAAAAAGAAGUUCAGUUAAUACCCCUCAUCCAGGAGAAUGUCCUCUCAGCUAUAGCCAAAACAAAUGCAUCAUGCUAAUCAAUCCCGCCACAAUUCAUGGCAAAACAACCACUUACAUUCAAACCCCAUACACACACACACACAACCCCCGCACCACCACCAAAUAACUAAUUGCCCCUGGCAGAAAGAAGAAAGAAAUGCAUUAGAGGACACAUGUGAUAAGUAACUUAAUUUAACUAAUUAUCCACCAAGUUUCCCACAGUCCAUUCUGUUCCUGAACUAAAAUUACAAACUGGGGAACUAUUGUAAAUUUAUAAAUGUGUUUGCCAAAACAGAAGUUAAAAAACCAAUAAGAAAUUACGGAAAGUAAAAUAAAGAUGGUAGCAUUUACAUUUAAAAGAAUGUCAACAUUGGAUGUUACAAUGUAUCACAAGAUAACAAAUCAAAUAAAUAAAUUUAUGUCGAGUACUCUGAAAAAACAGGCACUAGUCCUCUCUAGGAAGGCACCCAAAAUUAGUUUACACUUCUGACAAUUUUGGCUUUAAUCUCUGAGACUCAGUUAACUCAAGGUCCUAUCAGUCUUGAUACAUAGACGAACUUUAUCCUAAAACUACACUAUUUUCACCAUGUGACUAUCACUGUAGAACUCUAUCUUUAAGUAAAGAUCCUUAUCAAUCCACCAAUAUGCUUGUGUGUCAAUGAGAUUAUGGGACUGCCCAUGGCAGUUCAACCAAAUCUCUCUCGAGUUAGAAUAUAGAAAUUUGAACAAGUUACUUAUCAAAGGCAAUUUGAUUCAAAAUUGCUUUGCCUUGGUGCUAUUCAUAGCUAAACUCUUUUCAUUAUGGCCAUAUUCACUAUUAUAAUGCAUCAAACCCCACAUACAUGUUUCUAGAAUAAUUUUAAAGCUAUUUGUAAUUUCUCUGGAAGUUCACGAAUACUGUGAACUCUUUAACCAAAUAUUCAGCAGUGGCAAAAGUCUGGAGCUUAACUGGACAAUUCAGAAUUCUUUUUCUCUCUUAGCUAAGAAGUUGUCAGUUUCUUGUCACCGCAAAAAAUGAUCUAGGGCUUCUCCACAUGAAGACUUAGUGCAGGGCAAGCUGGGGUGUAAAUCUUUCAUGGUACUAGCCUGCUGCUUACCAAGUGGGCGUGUGGACACAGCUGCUGCACGUUUUUUUUUGUUUUUUUUUUUUUUUUGCAGCGUGUUUCAAACAGCAGUAGUUCAAAGCACACUGCAGAACUUUUAAUACAUGGUAGUAUUUAAUGCAUACAGCCAGUUACUGCACAGCAGGCUAGUACCCUGUAGAUUUACACCCCAGCUUGCCAUGCACGAAGAUCUGGUCUACAGUGAAAAGUUACAUUGGCAUAGCUACAUCAGUGAAAAAAACACACUCCUGAUGGACAUAGCUAUGCUGACAUACCCCCCUGUGGACACCACUAGCCGAUGGAAGAGGUCUGCCAUCGAAAUCUCUAACAUUGGCUGAGGAGUAGGUGUAGAAAAACCCCUUCUGUCACUGUAGGCUGCAUCUACAUGAUGACCUUGUGCUGCUCUAGUCUGCGUAGUGUAGACGUACCAUUGGUCUCUGUAUGGACAAGCACCUAGGCUGAUUGCUUUAACACACUCUUACUCUUUCUAAGAUGCACCUUUGCUGUACCCAGCCAUGAUUUCCUGUUACAAAUAAUACUAUUCUCAGGGACAUGAGUUCUUCUGGGCUUGACAUUCUCAGUUACUUGUUGCCUUAGAGCCAGAUUUUUAAAGAUAGGAGCCUAAUGAUGCAGAUAAGCACCUAGUGGGAUUUUCAAAAGCACCUAGGUGCCAAAUUCCUAUUGAUUUCCCAUCUUUUGUUUUCCCAAGGCAUCAGGUGUUAGCAGAGAGGGGGUGCUCUCCAUCGCCACCUGAUGACAAUCCCACUCUCAUGCAAUCUCAUCCAGAUGUUUCAGUUUCAGUGAGCAAAUUGCUGAACAGAGCUUUUUGUACAGUUUCUGAUAAGCCAUGUGGCUUGGCUCCUCUUCUAGGUAAAGUUGAUGUGGGCCAAUUAGAAAGCAAACCUCAUAUCUGAUGACGUUUUGAAACAUCCAACCAGACAAGUAGCUUGGGACAUACUAGUUUGCACUAGACAUUUUAGGACCUAUAUCAGCUUGCAACAUCCUUUGCCACCAGUUGUGCAUUUAGUAUGAUAAUCUUUUAAAACGGUUGUUAAUCCAGGCUUCAGUCAGUAAUCUACGUCCACCAGCUGCUUUUGUAGGUUCCUCUUGCAGUGUAUCUUGAGCAACUUUACACAACCCCACCUUCUUUGCCAGGCCGCAGUUUCUCCAUCAGCAUAUUUAGCAGACUGCACAGACAUCCAUUUUCAAACUCCUGUCUCUAUACAGAGUCUCAUGACAUUCCUUGAUGAUUGUGUAGUUGCUUAGUUGUUCAUUAUGCAGCAAUAUAAACUUACUUGACCAAUUUUUUUUCUUAGUUCAAUGCCAAUAAUUUUGAUGGUAAUGAAACAGUAAGACAAAACAGCUGUACAUGUCUCUGAACCAAUUUCAUAGAAUCAUAAACUUUAAGGUCAGAAGGGACCAUUAUGAUCAUCUAGUCUGACCUCCACAUCAGUGAUAAGGUUGGUCAGAUCACUUUAUCUGUUAAAUUGUUUAUCUACUUGCUAAACUGUUUAUCACAGUUUGUGGUCAUUUAGUCCUUAUAACUAUUUGGACAGGGUCACCAUAAAGAUUUUCACGUCACCUUGGUUGUUCAGUAAGCUAAUUGACUGUCUCAUCUUUUUUUAGCAUAAAAUAACAAGGUGUUUGUAUGUUUGUUAAUGAUUAGUUAGAUAUUUCUUAUUGAUUACAUUUCUAAUUUAAAAAGGAAGUGUUGUCCUAACUAUUUGAAAUAUCUUGCCAUCAUAGCUCCUUUUGGCAAGGAACUUUCUGAAAUUGCAAGGGUUGAUUUCAGAAUGCUUUAAAUUAAUGCUACAGAUGGGGCCAGAUCCUCAGCUGAGGAUUUGCCCCAUUGUUUGUUUCAAUCAACUUCUGAUCUGUAUGAUAGACAAUUAUAAUACCAUGCUACCGAAUUAAACAUAAACUGAUGUACUCUGUGCGUCACUGUCAAAGCCAAUGCUAUGGUUAUCCCAAAGGCCAGCUGGAGGGUCAUGUGACUCUUGACCACUUCAAUAAAAAUUUAUGUCAUGGCAAAA